AAACAGCAGCCUGUCUUUGUCAUUGCAACGCAAAAAUCUCCUUUCGUCUCGUUCUCAAACCGAACCUACUAGAAAUUAUUGCAUCACUUCACUCUUCAAAACAGUAUGCAGCAGCCAACGAAGACGGUGCAGUGAUAUCAACUCCAGCCCAGGAUGAAUUCACGCUAGAAAAGGUUUCUAAUUUUACAUUUUGUGCUAAGUAGUUUGCCUGUUUAAAUAUUUGAUCACGGUGUUAUCGUUGAAGUCGUGAAUAAAGUGUAGAAGUGCCUCAGGAAUUCGGACUAUUUGGCGAAUACUAUAAACUUAUCGGACGUGACUUGGUGCGUUGCAACUAGGAGUGCUUAAACGGAAUCAUGACUAAACGGACAAACAAGAUGGGAUCUUUCGAUUGCUCGCCACUGUUCACCCAAGCCACGGAACGGCUCCGAACGUUCUUCCUCCGUGGCCAGGAGGUUGAUCUCGAUUAUCUCCGGAAAACGGGUAUUUUGACGAAAAUAUACGACGGCAAGUCGGAUGUCCACGUCAUCAACAUCUUGGGAUACGCGCUGAAUAAACCAGUCGCGAAAUUUGAUUUACCAGCGGACCAGCUGGAGAAGAUGCUUCGAACCGGAGACAUUUGUAUGUAUUCGAAAGAAGCCAAAGAACAGUUGCAAAAGGUUGUGAAGCAGAUGGAGGGUUAUCGCUUCGAGCUGAUUCCAUUGGUGGUGGUAGCAGAGUAUAAGGAACAUAAGCUUUUCGAAACACUUUUAAUCAAGGUCCACGGCUUAUACAAAGUUUCAUAUGUUGAUAUGAGUGGAAGAAUCUAUACAAGCUUCGACCAUUUCCUCAACAAAAAUGUGCUGCCCCAUGGGAUUCUAUGUUAUCCGAAGGAUGGAAAGGUUGUCUUUAAUGACCGGAACGAGUUGCUUGUUGAUUACCAAGAGGUUGGACUUGCCAAUUCAAAGAAGAUGAAUGCGGACUUAUUGGUUGGCCUUCUUGGUACUGCUGGAACUGUAGGUUCAAUUUUCGCGACCGGAGGUUUGGCUGCGCCGUUCAUAUGGCUGUCUUGCGGUUCAGCCCUGUACGGAACGGGUCGUUGUGUUGAGAAACUGAUCGAUGCCAGCGACCACGGCCUGUCGGUGAACCCUUGCGAGAGUGCCGAAGCGCGCAACAAUUGGCUGAUGAUGUCCGCCAAUCUGCUGACGUUUGCUUCCUUUGGUGCUGCCGCUGGAUUGGCCACUGCCACAAAGAUGGAAGGUGUCACCGUUCAGCAGCUGGGCCGCAUCAUGAUUGGCAGUCGGAUAAUUCGUGGCGUUAGUGCGGGGGUGAAUGCCAUAACGGUUCUCGACUCGAUUGUCUACACGGCCAUCAACUGGCACCGGAUGUCGAUCUAUGAGAAAAUGUCUCUGGCUAGUGCCGUAUGCUUCUGUUUCAGGGAGGUCAUUAGCUUUGCCAACGCGGAACGUCUGAUCCGAGCUAGCCAAAUCGAAGGAUUGUGUACGUUCUUCAAGAGUUGUGCUAUUUCGGCCGUGGGAGAUGUAGGAAUGAAAGAUAUGUCCAACAUCGGCCAAAGGUUCGUGACCCAGGUGAAGAAGACUUUCGAAGACAACGAAGAGUAUGUGGCCACGGCGAUGGAACUGGUUCGUACGCUUGUGCUGGACAACUUCCAAAUUUCCGUCAGCGAUGACUUUACAUUAAUUAAGCUGUUCGGAUUGGAGUACAAAAUCCGAAAUAUAAUCAGUAUGCCAAAAACCGAGCUAAACAAGUUUUUGUACAUGAUUCAGGGCAUAGCUAAUACAUUCAAAGACGCGUUUUCCUUGAUGCGUAAGAUGUGGGGCGAUGGCCCGAUAGCCAAAGCUGUCUUCAAGCGAGCUGAAGAGAACGGAGGCGAUCGCGCUGAUUAUGGAAAAGCCCUUAACGAGCUAAUCGAAAUAUUCAAUCUAUUGCGCAAAAUCAGUGACGAUAUUAGCAUUCUGACGGAUGCUCAGCUGAAAAUUGGUGGUGGACAUCAUUUUACAAUAGGAACAGCCUACGAAACGUUCGUCAAAAGUGGUUUGGGAAAAGGAAUUUCUCUCCUUCGAGCUCUAGUGGAGAUGAAUCCCAGAGAAAUUGAACGCAUGAACAAUCUCCGCAAUAAAUGGGGAAACAAAGAGGCCGAAAUUUUUGAAUACGUGACGCACAACUCUGCCGACAGCGCAGAAAUUCUCUCAACAUUACGCUUCCUAUUGGAUGUAAAUGAAACUUGUACAGAAAGUUUUCUCCACAUUACUGACUUGCAUUCUUCGGAGCAGACGGUCGAGAUUGAAUCAAUGAUCCGCGUCAGCAUCGAUCAGUUUCGUCAAGCGGUGAACCCAGAUUAUCUAAUGAAUCCGAAAAUUCUUCACAUUUGUCAUCGAGCUCUGGCCAAUCACCGUAACUUCAUCGAAAGCAUCUGGAAGAAUACCUGUAACAGUCCAGACACCGUAGACAAAUCGUUUGAAAAGCUCACUGUACUGGAGGCAGCAUUUGAGUCCCGUACGGAUGCUGCAAUCGAAAACAUCAUCUCGUACGUUUCAAAAAUGCAGUGUUCGGAUUUCUCCAGAUUCGUGACUCACUCACUUUUUGCGUUAGACGGCAUGGAUUCGCUGAUCCGUGAGAUGAACCUUUCGGAAGAAGAGGCAAACGAUAUUCUGUUUUCGGAUCUGGCUCCUCUACGCUCUCGUUUCCUAGAGCUUAGCGAGAAGGCAGAGGAACAUUCACUUGGUGGUUAUUACGCAGUGGGAGAUCACCUGCUCAACGCUGAAGACGGAGAGUUAAUUGCGGCCAUCAAAGACUCAGCCUCGAAGGGAGAUCUUCGAUUCGGAACUGUGGAGAACGGUGCGCUCCAUCUGGGUAAGUAUCCGAUGCUUCGCUUUGGCAAGAAGGAACUUCAAAAAUACAACAGAUUCAUUGCUCAGAAGAAGUUUGAUCGGGAGGAAGUUCAACUCGCCUACAAGGGUAAGCGGUUGGUACUACUCGCUAAUGAACAGUUGAGGAUCAUUGUCGGAUUAGUGCAAGGAGUAGGCUUCUAUAUUGACACUUUCAUGUUCGCUCACAUGGAUUAAUACUUACCUCGAUUGAUUUUUGUCUUUUUAUUACACAUAGGGUAGCUUUUUUAGUAUAGUUUUUUUUACUACAUGCUACACUACCUACCUGGUAUCAAGGUAGGUAGUGUAGCAUGUAGUAAAAAAACCCUUAGCGCUACUUAGUGAUUCGUUACUCGAGCUCUCAUUUUUGUGAGAUUCAAUCGCCCUAACACCUAGGUACGAGACUUGGAAAUUUAUUGGGCGCUAGAAAUACGAACAUUUUAAAUAUAAGGCUUUGAUACAUAUUUUCUAAAAAUUCCACUUAUAAUUGCACUAUUUCAGAUAAAAUUUAGAGUUAGAUUCAAUUGCAAUUAAAGUAAUAAACCAGUGUGCCUUGAUGAGGAAACAUUAACAAGCGAUAAAUAAAUUUAAAUUAUGUAA